UUUCUCUUUUGCGGAGCCAGUCAGGAGUCUGCCUUGGGACAAGGCCCACAGACCCAGACCACGUGCAUCGCUGCCAAGUGGUGAGAGCUACCGGAGCAACGGAACAGUAGGGGCUUUGUAAAAGAAUGCACACGGUGCAAAUAGGUCAGGUAUGAGAGCCGGCCUGGGAACGAGAAUGGAAGAGCUAGCUGCUCCUGCUCCUUUCUUACCAAGUGCAUCAGUUUGGAGAGUAGGCCCUGCGCCCUACCUGGACAAAACUGUGGAGCUGGCCCCGGUGGUGUAGGGAGAAGGCUCUCAAAUUAGGUUGAUUUCAACACACCAAGCCAAACAGCUAGUAAACCGCCCACGAAGAACCACGAUGCAAAUGAAACAUGAACAUAUACACCAAUUGUGCAAGCCGAAAAUCCCAGACCUUUUAUUGCAAAGAGGCGGAGUCAAAGAUCCUGGCAGGGCUGCAGUCCCUCCCUCGGGGACUUCCUGCUGUCACUAACUGGGGAUUAGCCCAGUGAGCUCUCCCGGAGAACCAACUCCCAAACUCCCGACUGUGCCGGGCUCUGUCUGCUGAGUGGGCCACAUCUUGUGUUUGGGACACAUGAUCUCUUGAUCCCUAUGUUGAGGCUGUACUUUCUUAUCAGUUUGCUGUGCUUGGUGAAAUCAGAUACAGAUGAAACAUGCCCGUCCUUCACCAGACUGAGCUUCCACAGUGCAGUGGUUGGCACAGGACUAAAUGUGAGACUGAUGCUCUACACACAGAGAAACCAGACCUGUGCACAACUCAUCAACUCCACAGCUCUGGGGAGCUUAAAUGUGACCAAGAAAACUACCUUCAUUAUCCAUGGCUUUCGGCCGACAGGCUCCCCUCCAGUGUGGAUGGAGGAGUUGGUACAGAGUUUGCUCAAUGUACAAGAGAUGAACGUGGUGGUUGUUGAUUGGAAUCGAGGAGCGACGACUGUGAUAUACACCCACGCCUCUGGCAAGACCCGAAAAGUAGCUCUGAUUUUGAAGGAAUUUAUCGAUCAGAUGUUGGCUAAAGGAGCAUCUCUGGAUGACGUUUAUAUUAUUGGAGUGAGUCUAGGAGCACACAUAGCUGGAUUUGUUGGAGAAAUGUAUGCUGGGAAGCUGGGGAGAAUCACAGGUCUUGACCCUGCGGGCCCUUUGUUCAACGGGAAACCCCCUGAGGACAGGUUAGAUCCCAGCGAUGCACAGUUCGUCGACGUCAUCCACUCAGACACUGACGCACUGGGCUACAAGGAACCACUAGGAAGCAUAGACUUCUACCCAAAUGGAGGACUGGAUCAACCCGGUUGCCCAAAGACAAUAUUUGGAGGCAUGAAGUACUUCAAGUGUGACCACCAGAUGUCCGUGUUCCUGUACAUUGCAUCCCUGCAAAAUAACUGUUCCAUCAGCGCCUACCCCUGCGACUCCUAUCGGGAUUACAGGAAUGGCAAGUGUGUUAGCUGUGGCGUUGGACAGAUGGUGGCCUGUCCCCUCCUGGGCUACUAUGCUGAUAACUGGAAAGAUUACUUAAUGGACAAAGAUCCUCCGAUGAUGAAGGCGUUCUUCGACACAGCUGAGAAAAAACCAUUCUGCAUGUAUCAUUAUUUUGUGGACAUUAUAUCUUGGAAUAAGAACGUAAGAAGAGGGUUCAUUACAAUCAAACUGAGAGGCGAAGAUGGAAAUAUCACAGAAUCCAGAAUUGAUCAUGAACCAUCGACAUUUCAGAAAUACCAUCAAGUGAGUCUACUCGCAAGAUUUAAUCAAGAUCUGGAUAAAGUGGCAGAAAUUUCCUUGCUGUUCUCCACAAAGUCUGUUGUCGGUCCAAAGUACAAGCUCAGGGUCCUUCGAAUGAAGCUGAGGUCCCUGGUCCAUCCAGACAGGCCUCACUUGUGUCGGUAUGAUCUUGUCCUUAUGGAAAAUGUUGAGACGUUCUUCCAACCUAUUCUGUGCGCAAAGUAGUGGGUGUAGCUCCUGUCUGAACACACGGACAGCAGUGACACCAGGAUCUCUACGGCUCCAGGCUCUUGAUGCCUCACCCUACUUCGUCCUGAAGGCUCCAAAAGCAUGGAAAAAAACCCAAGGUUAUUUUCAGCAGUGUCUCAUGGAUGUCACAUCAUGAAAUGUCAAAGGACCUGUGGUUAUGAAACAGCUCUGGGAGGGGAGCCCCUAACUAGGGCAAGACAGAAAUAGCUGGGCUCCCGACAGCAGAGCGCUUUGUCCGGCCACGUCCUGGGCCUCGCUUGUUCCGAACUGUCAGCUCUGUUGCCUGUCAUGUCACACCCUCAGGGCCAUGGGUCAGGCAUCUCGGGAGUGGAGUGAAGGCUAGAGGCCUCACUGGAUUUUCGUUCCCCUUGGGCCCACUCCUCCACCAUCGGAGAACAAAUCGGACUACCUCAUGGGGAAGUGUAGGUUGGGAAGGCUAGUCUAGGGUUUGUGAAAUCCCCUGAGUCCACAAUGUGAAUAUGCUUUUAUUUUGAUAUGGCUUAGCUCUCAUGUAUAGAUAUGAAACCUCUCCUUUUCAAUACCAGCCUCUCUCCUGGACUGGAUUUUGGGGUGGCAAGAAGGCUCUGGCUUCCAGCCAUUUCUGAAGUGAUGCUGAUAGCCAGAGGCUGGGAUGGACUCAGAGCCCCAAGGUCUGUACUGAGACACCAGGCACUAAGUGGGAGGAAGGAGAAGAAACAGGAGCAGCAUCACUCGUGGACCAUGCAGAGAGAGAGGCUGGAGGAAAAAAAAAAAAUAACGGGCUUGCUUUGACGUUGCAAAAG